CUGGUCUAGACAGUGGGGCGGAGCUUGGAUGGGGCGGGGUUUGAGGCUUCCCUGCCGCGAUUCCCUGGCUUCCCCGGUGCGACUUGACCCCGGAAGUGGGGUGUCGGGCAACGGUGCCAGUACGGCGGGGGACUGCGGCGAAAGCCACAGAUAUAAACAGCAUCGGUAGCAGCAGUAGCAACAGCAGCAAUGUUUCAUUUCUUCAGAAAACCUCCAGAAUCUAAAAAGUCCCCUGUAUCAGAGAGAGAAGCAGAUGGAUUUGUCUUUUUAGGAGAUACAGCAGAUGAGCAGACAUCUGCAACAAGAGGUAAAAGUUCAGAAGUAGAAGGCAACCAGCCUUUGGAGACCGGCAAGGAAAACUCAUCCAGUGUGACUGUAGCAGACUCUGAGAGAGGAAAUAAGGCAGGCCAGACCCUGGAAAACAGCUCGUUCAUGGCCGAGCUCCUGAGCGACAUCCCCUUCACCUUGGCCCCGCACGUGCUGGCGGUGCAGGGCCCCAUCAGUGACCUUCCGGACCACUUACUCUCCUAUGAUGUCAGCGAAAACUUAUCACGGUUUUGGAUCCCAUUCAGCAAUACCACAUCACAUUUAAUUGUCAUGUCUCCUUAGGCUUCUCUCAGCCCUGACAGUUUCUCAGACUUCCUAUUUUUGAUGACCUUGACAGAUUUGAGGAGUACUGGUGGCAGUCUGCUUCUGUAAAGAUUACAGCCUUGGAAACUUUAUGGGGCAAUUCUACUCUGUCCUAUAAGGACUCGACAAGAGUGAGUUCGGUUUUUUUGUUCGUCUGUUUUCAUCUGAUAUUUUGUAGCAUGUCCCUUAGCUGGAGUUUAAUCUAAUGUUUUCACAUGGUUAGACUGGGGUUCUAGGUUUUUGGAAGAAGACCGCAAGGUAAAGUGCCCAUCUGAUUAAAUCACACCAAGGGUAUGUACUCUCAACAUGGUAUCACUGAUGAUGUUAACUUUGGUCAACUGGCCAUGGUAGUUUUUGCCAGGUGUCUGCACAGGAAAGCUAUCCUCCUACCCCUUUCCAGAGUCUACUCUUUGGAAUCAAGUCGCUAGUCAUAGACUACACUCAAGGGGUUGGGAAUUAAACUCCACCUCCUUAAAAGAAGAGUGGCCAUAUAGAUUAUUUGAAAUUGUUCUAUAUGAGAAAUUUGUUUCUUCUCUCCAAUUUAUUUAUUCAAUUAUUUUAUUUAUAUCAGUAUGGACUCAUAGAUACUUAAUCAUCUCUUUUUUUGAUGUCUAAAUCUGUGGUGACCAAUAUAAAAAUUAAUAAAGAAAAUUUGGAACAUUUUGCAUGUUGCAAAUGAAUACCACCUUGAUGCUGGAUGUGACAUUAAUAUAUCCUGAAGUUGCCUCAGACAUUUUUCUCCUUAACUUGCAGUAACUGUAACUGUAUGCGCAAUGGAUCUUCACUGUCGGGCGGCAAUGUGAAUUGUACGUGGAGCCUCUUAGAUCUUCUAAUACCUUAUUCCCAAAAUGGUUGCAUCUUACACAUAAUUUCAUUCUUCAUCAAGUGAUGUGGGAAUGAGGUUAGAAUGUAAUCCUUUUCCUCUUUAAUGAACCAAAAUAACUCAUGAUACAAAGAGUUCUUCUCUGCAAUAAAGGAGACGUUUUUUCGUCAUGGCAAAACAAACUUGUAGCUCCUCAAGUUUCUAAAGAGAGAAAGGUUUCAUUGUCAAACUUUAAGAAUUAGUUUUAAGAAGCAGUAUAAGGAAAUUUAGAGUCUUUUUUUUGAGGCAAGGGGAGUCCAAAGAAGUCAGUUUUACUCCUGAUUAACCAGAAUGACUGUAUACUAAAAUGUACGGUUGAUCUUAUCCAAUUUCACUUGGGGGGAAAAAAUCAAAGGAAAAAGCAUUUUAUUUUGUCCUUGAAAGAAACCUGAAUAUAGUUCUUUGUCAAGAAUUUGCCCAGCCCCAAUUUUCACCCCGACAAAGGAAAUAAAUUCCUUACAAUCAAAGGUAAGGCAAAGGAUAAUUGCAUCCAGAGCAACCCAUCGGUAGGCUAACGCUGAGCCAGCCCCCACAGCAGCUUCUUAGUUACUUCCUAGACCAGAGAGGGAGUCAGACAAUAGGCCAUUUCAGAGGUCAGUUAAGGAGAGGGCCUGCGACUUAGGACUGCUGCCAGGGACCUACAAUCCAGUGUCUGACAUCUGGACUCUGCAGCUGCCAAGUCUGCCCCUUGUGUGGCCACAGGUGUUGACUAUAACUCUGAGGUGCCUGGAAGAAGGAACAGGGUAAUGCCAGGUUCAUUAUGUGUGUGGUUUUUAUUUUAAUUUUCCUUUUCAAAAGGUACAUAAUUUAUUUUGUUUUAAAAUUAAUGUAUUUCUGUAUAAUGACUAGGAACAUUUGGGAGGCUGACAAAGAAAAAGCUUUUGUUCAAGAACAAGGGCAAAACAAAGCAGAGUUCUUAUACCUACAGGGUACACUGUACCCUAACAUGCUGUGUGUGACGUUGGUUGUUAGCUUAGUCAUUUUAGCAGGCCUUUUCGCGACCAAAAAGAAAGAAAUGAAUGCCAAAAAAGCAAACGGGUAGUUGGUCUAAAUAAAAUCCUAAAUAUUCAUCCUCUCCAUUCUAUCUCCUCCCUCAUCCUUGUUUUAGGUCUUCACAGGAAUUUGUGUUUAUGGAUAUAUAGUUUUGAGCCUAGAACAGACUGUAUGUAGUCAUCUAUCUCACGAUACCAGCUUUAGCCAUCAAUUAAAACAGCUUAAAACAAGAAUAGCAACCCCUCCUCUUCCCCUUUCAGAAAAAUUACCUCUUUAUUUUUUGUGAGGAAAAUCUAGAAUUUUCUACCUCAGGUAGGUAUUUGAAUUUCCUGACCCUAAACAUAUGGGCAGCAGUAAAAGAAAUAAAGAUGAUUAAGAGAAGAGAAUGAUACUUGUAAAAUCUAUAAAGGACCAAUAGCCUCUGGAAUUAAAUAUAUAUGUGUAUGCUUCCAUAAUUAACAUACAGUUCUCCCUUGUUUUGCCUGCUCUGUAGCCUGAAAUUAGAAAUAGAACUUAAUGGAGGAGACAGGAACCUUAAAAAUGCAUCUUCUUAUUGAAUCUUUUCUAAGGAGAAAUGCUUAAGCCCUUAGGCCAGUUUCUCUCCACCUUUUUCAACCAGUGAGCCCUACGAUGUUUUUUGACUGUGUCUUCUAUAUAUUUGACUAGCCAAGAAAAUUUAGAGAUGUUUUAUUCUUUGCAUUUUCUAUUACAAAGACAAUAGGUAAAUUGAAUAUACUUCCAAAACUACAACCAUCACCCCUUUUUCUUUAAGAAUCUGUGCACUCUCACUGGUGUUCUACCAAAUUCGUACUCAAUCAGGAUUUGUCGAAUGGAUGAGGAAAUCAAUGGAGGGAAUCAUUAAAUUAUAAAUGGGAUUUUCCAAAAGAAAAGGAAUAGAAUUUCAAAACUUUUGUGGUUUCUCUGACCUCCAAUAAGAGUCCCCAAAUUAUCUUACUGUGUUUUCACAGCUGAAGAUAAUGCUUCGUUUACCAAGCCUCUACAAAUUGUACCUUUUGUCCAUUUUGGGAAUGCCAAAAUCCUUAUCUCUACUGCUUUGAGGCAGUUAUCACUGUUGUUGAAUCCCAGUCUCUUAAAAUUGGUUUCGUCCUUGAUUUCUAUAGCCCUACUUUUCUGGUUUUCCUUCCAUCUCUGUGAUCAUUCUAUCUUAGACUGUUGGGGACAUCUUUUCCUCAUUCCAUCCCUAAAAUGUUGGUGUUCCCCAGAAUUCGAUCUUUGGUUCAAAUUCCAUCUUUGGCUCACAUCUCUUCUUUUUCUGUCUUCUCAUUGCUUGAUCGUAUCCAUUCCUUAUCUACCACUGUUGACACCCAAAUCUCUCUUCAGCACAGAGCUCUUUCCUAAGUCCUAGAUCCAUAUACAUAAUUUGUUAUCAAGAAUCUCGUCUUGACUCUUCCUCUCAGUUUCUAUUACAGGACAUGGUAGUUAUUAUUUUUACUUGCUCCAUACUCUUUCUCACCCCCUUCCUCUUCCUCUUUUCUUUGGGGAGCUCCUUCCUCAUUCCAUGUGGUUUGUGGGUGGGAACUGUCAUAAUUACUUGCUGCCAUGACUGUAGCCCAUGGGGAUAGACACAUAACCUGGUCUGGUCCAGUCAGCAUCCCUUUAUCAACUGAUACACAGAUGUUAGAUAUUUUGCUAGGCUUACUGCUGGCUGCCAUCUUCUCCUCCAUGUUUCAAAGUCCUGACCGUAUCAUUUGAAGCCCUAAAUUUCCUAAAUGAAAAAUCUAGGAGUCUAUCCAUUCUUCAUUUCUACUCAGCUCCAUACUUAAUUUACAAUAACUUGUUUGGAUCUUAAAGAUUCAUCUUUCAAAUGUGUACUGUCUUCUCCAUACCCGUUGCCACUGCCUCACUCCAGGUCUUUAUAAUUUCUCCUAAAUGACCUUCCUGCAACCAGUUUUGCUUCCGUCCCAUCUGUCUUCCACAAUACAGCCAGAAGGAACUGUUUUAAAAAAAUGCAAGGGCUCUCUUUCUGUUAUCUUCUGGAGAAUUGAAGCACUUAAGGCGAAUGGGCCUCCUCACUUGCCUGCCCAGACUUCCUUCAUGAUAUUCCUGCCCGUUUACUCUUUCUUUUUGCCCUAGUGAGCAGUUUUCUGCACUAUUUAACAUACCAUAUCUUCUGUCUACAUUCUGUUGUCUUUGACUGGAAUGCCCUGGCCUCCUUUCAUCACCUGGCUAAAUCCUAUUAACAAGAUAUUGUACAGGUAUCACCUCUUCUGAGACCUUUCCUUGUUCUCCUAAGCUGGGUUGGAUGUCCUUCUUCUAAGUUCCUUUACUAUCCUGUGCUUUCCUCUUGCAAGGGACUUGACCCACAGUAUUGUAAUUGUGAAUGGAUCUUUUUUUUUUUCAUCAUGAUGAAAUGUGUAACAAAACAUCUACCAUUUUUACAUGUACAAUUCAGUGACAUAAAUUACACUCGCCACAUUAUUCAACCAUUAUAAUUUUUGUUUCCAAAGUUUUCACCACCCUUAACAGAAAUUCAGUGCUCCUAAAGCAAUAACCUCCUGUUUUCCCCUCCCAUCCCACUCCUAGUAACCAUUAAUAACCUUUGGUCUCUAUACCUUUGCCUAUUAUAGAUAUUUCAUAUAAGUGGGGUUAUACAAUAUUUAUCCUUCUGUGACUAACUUAUUUCACUCAGUGUUUCAAGAUUUAUCCACGUUGUAGGAUUUAUCAGAACCUCACUUAUCUUAAUGGCUGAGUAAUAUUUCAUUGUAUGGCAGGGCCGAAUUACCUAAUAAGCAAGGUACCACUGGCUUAAUUGUGUUUACGUACAAAUCUAUAGUAAACAAUUUCACCUGGGUUGCACUACAUCAAACACAGGUGAAAUUGUUCACUACAGAUUAGUAAAUAAACACAAUUAAGCCCGUGUGUACCUUGCUUAUGUUAAGUCAGUGCAUACCCUGCUUGAUGGUUAAUCCAACCCAGCCCUGGUGGCGUAGUGGUUAAGUGCUGCGGCUGCUAACCAAAGGGUUGGCAGUUCAAAUCCGCCAGACACUCCUUGGAAACUCUAUGGGGCAGUUCUACUCCGUCCUGUAGGGUUGCUAUGAGUCGGAAUCUACUCGAGGGCACUGGGUUUUUUUUGUAUGCAUAUACCACGUUUUGUCUAUCCAUUCAUCUGUUCAUGGACACUUGGGUUUUUAUAAAUGGGUCUCAACCAGGGCUUGGACCAGUUCCUUCCAGUUUGAACCUCUGCUGAGAAUUUGCAUUUCUAACAAGUUUUCAGGUGAUGCUGAUACUGCUGGUUAGGGACCAAUGCUGAGAACCACUAACAGAGCAGUGGCCCUCAAGUUUAUUAUACAUCAGAGUCACCUGGGAGAUCUUGUUAAAAUGUAGAUUCCGAUUCAGUAUAUCUGGUGUGGAAAUGGAGAGUCUCAGCAGGGGCUCACAGCUCUGGUCUUAACGUACACUUCCGUGCUUAGCAUGAUGCCUCACAUAUAGUGCGUGUGCAGUAAAUGUUUGCUAAAUGAAUCACCAUUGAACGAGGAAAUACAUGAGGUCCUUAUCCCAUCCACAUUAGAAUUUGCCCUUGAGUUUGUGUUGAAACCCUUUAUGCAACCUUUGAGAUUUCCUUACAAAAAUAAGAAACAUUUCCUUAAUGCUCCCAAAUAUAUUUUCUAUGCUAAAUAAUUUCACCAUUUUAAUUUUUUGAAAGUAGAAAUGUACAUUUUGUUUAGUUACCCAUAUCAUUACUAAUACAACAAAAUAUUUUGUACUUAUUUUAACUUUCUAGACAGUGCUGAUUAAGUCUUUAUAUUAAAUUUUGGGGAUAUAAGUUACUAUGAAUCUGUCCUUUGUAAUUUGUGUUUUAUUUUUUGGUUUUCCUUAAUGUUCAUAGAAAAGAAACUGUCUUCAGCCUUCUAUUAAAUCAACAUUGAUUAGUGCUAAUUAAAUUACAUGGGCUCUUUUUUAAAUCAUGGAUUUGUAUAGAUUUAAAUAUAUACCAUAAAAUGGAAUGUCUGAUGUUUUAAUGGACUGUGGCGUUUUGUUUUUAUGUAACAUUACCUUCCCAAAGGACUUGGAAAUAUUAACCCUUUUGGUGGUGGUCCAGACUCUUGAAGAAUAAGCUCACUUUACUUUUGAGAAAAACAAAUAAUUAUCUGAGGAAGGCAGACCAUCAUUUUGAUUUGUCAUGCAAUCAAAACUAGUUCUAAAAUAUUCUUUAGUGCAUUCAUUUGGUAGCCAGUUUACUGUAUGAAUUCAAUUUUCAUAUUCCUAAAAUGGAUUUAAAUGAUUUUGUAUCUUUUUUUAAAAAAAAUUAAAAAAAAUUUUUUAAUGGAUUUAAAUGAUUUUGUAUAUUAGGCAAUCUAAUUUCUAGCCAAUGUGGCUAUUAAUUAUUGAAAUCUCUAAAGUUCCCCAUUUUCGCGGGUACUCUAUUCCCCCUAGAUAUAAAAAAAAAAAGAUAUAAGGAUGUGAAUGUACAUCAUUUUCAACAAAUGGACAAAACAAAAAUAGCCAAUAUUUUUAAAAUUUUAUUUAGUCUAUAAAAAGAGAAAUCACUGUUAGAUUGGUUAACAAAUCUUGCAUUUCUGUUGUCCAAAUAACAACUUGCAAAUACUUCAUAACAUCAAGAAGUAAUAAAAUCUUUCAUUAGACAAGCUUUUUCAUUCAGCAAAAAUAGUCUUCAGAACUCAAAUUGAAAGCAAGUUCUUAAUCUUUAUUACGUAACUUCCUAUUCUUGAUUAAAACAUUAUGUUAAAUGAGUACCAGGGGUCAAUAGUUUCUUUUUUUCUAAUUGAAAGACUAUCUGCUGAAACUAUACCUAUCUUAGGUUUACCACCUUAGUAAUUUUAAGUGACUCUAAGUUUCCACACUUGGCAAUGUACACCCAUCAGAGAGCGAUUGUAGGGAUAAAACCUUCGUUAUGCAAAGCAAUUGUCUUCUGGGCCUAGGUUAUUUCUAUUCAGGUUUUCUAGUGUGUGUAGAGAUACACUUGAGGCACUAUUUCUUUUUUAAUGUGGAUUGUGAUAAGGACUUCAUUUCCCGGCACAGUCUAUCACCACUCUAGAGGUCAGAGACCACUGUGCUUGCUGCUUUUGUUGUUCUGGAGGACAGCAGAUGUGAUAUCCUUCGGCCUGGGCGUUCUUUGUUGUGCUUUUUAAUACAAAGUGCCAGAAAUGUACCUGGCACUUGACAAAACAUAAAACACAAAAGACAAAGGCUCUAUCCUUAGCACUUUUCAUUCUAGAGUAUAAAAUAGCAGGUAAAAGUAUCAGGUUGACUGCCUAAGACAGGUUUAAUCAUCAUGAAAUGUCAGGUAAGGGAAUGAAUUUAAAUUCAAAUCAUGUAAGGAGGUGACCGGGAAGACAAGCAGUGGUUAUUAGAAGAAACCCAAGAAAAUUUGCCAGGAGCUGGUUAAUUUAUUUUAAAAAGAUAAGUAUAAUAUUUACCUUGACUAGAGUGCUUGUGAUUUUACAGACAAAAAGACAAGAAAUGAAUGGGUAGGGGUAGGGGUGGCAUAACAGGAUUAAAAGUAACAGCACCUAGAAAUAAAGCCAUAUUCUCUUGUGAUGAGUCUGGAAAUAGCGAGCUACUUAGUACCUGCAUCUUUUUUGCUACCGCUCUAACUAUUAGAGCUUUUUUUCCAUUGGUGACUAGUCAGGCCAACCUUUUUGUUGCCUACCUGGCCCCUACCUCCCUUCUGGUGCCAUGCCAUUCCUCUGCUGGUGAGGCUUUUCCCUCUCGUGGUCUUCUGUUACACCUAUACUCAUUCUACCCACUGCUCGGUGCAGCUCAGUCUCUAGCUCCCACAUGAAUGUUCUCCAAGCAUGGAGUUCACAUAAUAUCUCAGAACUCUUAUGGCAUUCAGAUUUUCACACUGUUACUUCACUUCCUCUCAGAGGCUAUUCUGUGGUGAAUUUUUUCUCUCAGUAAAUUGUAAGAUAUAUAGGGUAAGCUGAUAGUUAUUUUAUGUUACAAAACAAAUUGUACCCAGUAGUUGCUCAGCAAAUACCUCGCUUCCAAACAUUAUUCCAGGUGUUGGCCCUUAAAUGAUUGACCAUUCAUACUUGUGGAAAAGGUCUUCACUUCCCAAGGAAGAUUGUUAUCACCACUAUCAUCAGAGGGUUAUUACCCUCCUUAGCCCCCAUCUUUCCCACUCCCUGUUGAAAAUUAUCUCCAACAUAUGUAUUUUCCCCAACAGCCAAUCCUUUCCCAGAGAUAUACCUCCCACCAGCUAAAAAGUUGCCCUACCGUGCUCCUCUACUAAGGACAGGCAUUGUACUCCUCUCUGCCUACUCCCAGUCCGUGGAGGUAGCAGUUUGUUUUUCUCAUUAAAAAGUGGCAUUCUUCCUGGUACCAGCCACGACAAUCACUAUAUAGACUUUGGUUUUGUACUCUCGUGAAUGAAACACUAAGUGCAAAGGAUGAAAGUGAAUAAUAUUUACAAAUGAAUUUACAAAGUACCCAGCAGGAGGAGGAAUUGAUAAGGCAGGUGCCUGGUUCAUUGAUAACUUUGUAGAGAUAACACAGUCCAGUCCUAGAGAAAUUUCUGAAGCUCAUAAUUGAACUAUUUCAUCAUCUCCAGAAAUGUUGACUAAGCCACCUUUUCUUCUUUCUCAUUUUCAACGGUUUAAUCAUGCAUCACUUCAGCUUAGGUUUUAAGCGUGUUGUUUCUUGCAUCCAAAACUCAACUGCCAUCAAGUUGAUUCUGACUCGCAGCAACCCUAUAGGACAGAGUAGAACUGCCCCAUAGGAUUUUCAAGGCUGUAAAUCUUUACAGAAGCAGUCUACCACAUCUUUCUCCCACAGAGUGACCGGUGGGUUCAAACUGCUGACCUUUCAGGUAGCCGCUGAGCACUUUAAGCACUGCACCACCAGGGCUCCUUUUCUUGCAUCGGGGGUGCCUAAUAAAUUCUGGAUGGAUAGGUGGAUUCCUGGCUGGGUAAAUAAAUGAAAGUGGACUUGUUGUUCAUCAUACCUAUAGAAAGCUGCAGACCAUGAGAAAAUUGUUUGCUUUGAACUGUAUGGUAGAUUCUUAUUAUAGUUUUAUGCCAACCCAUCCAUAUACUGCUUAAGUACCCCUUAGACCAAAAGACAAUUGUCCAGGUGGGUGUGUUGGAAUGGUAUUUAGUGGUAGCCGUAGAGAUUUUCACUUAUAUUUGAUGAGCCCUUUCUAGAUACCAAGUACUGUUCUAAGUGCUUAAUGUAUUUUAUAUUUUAAAACUCUGUCAUUAACCUAAUUUUAAAUUGGUGUACAUCAGUAAUGCUUACAAAUAGAGGUUUAUUUUUUCAAACACAACAAGAAGUCUAGAAUAAGAGUGUUACUGGUGGUGGUUCAGGGUCUUAUCAAUAUUUAGGCCAUCUUCUCUUUGAAUUUCCUGGCUUUUCCUUAGUGAUGUUGCAUCCAUGUUCAAGGGAAGAAUAGAAGAAGGGGGUGACAACAGCUAACUCCUUUUCUUCUAACAGGAAAAAAACCCAAAAACUUUCCUCAAGCCGCUAAUAAAUUUCCACUUAUAUCUUACUGAGCAGAACUCUGCCUCAUGGCAGAUACAAGCCAAGGAAGGUGGGCAAAAUGAGUAUUUAUCUUUUACAGUGUCUACCAUAGAGGCAGCAAGGGAAAUGGACAAGGGAAUGUCUGUUAAGGAAUUUGGCACAAUGAAAAAAUGAGGAACAGAGAGAUUACAUCAGAGGUUUUCAACCUUGGCAGUUGGCAUUUUGAACCAGAUAAUUCUUUGUUGUGGGGCUGUCCUGUGCAUUGUAGAAUGGUUAGCAGCAUCCCUGGUCAGUACUUACUAUCUCCCACCAUCUACCCCCCUUCCCCAGUUGUGACAAUAUGAAAUGUCUCCAGACAUUUUAUCACCCCUUGUUGAAAACCACUGGGUUAGAUGGCUUAACUGAAUCCUCAUAGCUAAGUGAUAGAGCUGAGGUUUGAACCCAGGACUUCUGACUUAGAGCUUUUCCUCUUACUAGGUGUCUUAGUCAUGGUUCUCUAGAGAAACAGAACCAGUGACUGACACACACACACACACACACACACACACACACACACGGAGCCCUAGUGGCACAACAGUUAAGCACUCGGCUGACAACCAAAAGGUUGGUGUUUCGAACCCACCCAGUAGCUUCAUGGGAGAAAGACCUGGCAAACUGCUUCUGUAAAGAUUGCAGCCUAGAAAACCACGUGGGUCAGUUCUGCUCUGUCACAUGGGGUCACCAUGUGUCCAAAUUGACUCAACAGCACCUAACAACAACAUAUAUAUGUGAUUGUGAGGGCUGGCAAAUCCAAAAUCCAUAGGUCAGGGAGGCAAUCCAAAAUGUUGCCAUAGUGAGACUCUGAAUAACAUCCUUCUUACAAGAAUGACCUGAGGAAAAAAAAGUGAAUUGGAUAUAGGUGACAACUUUGGAACCCUGAGUAUCAAAGGCAAGGCUGAAGUGCCAGGUAAAAGGACAGACUGUACAAAAACAGCAGACCUAGAGAAUUAUGGAUUGUCAGCAACCUGCCAGCUGAAGCCGCACAGCACAGCCAUAUUGAGACAAAGCAAACAGCGUUCCCACCUAUAGCCCCCAUCACCUGGUGCAGCCAAGUGAUGCACCCACGUCCAGAGCCAGGCAGGAGUGCUUCCUGCCCUGUGAAAGUUAAGUACACUCACCUCACCCACUACACACCCCUGAACCCCUGUGUUGGAGGCCCAUGGGGCUCCCCCCCACCUACCUCAUCCAGCUCCCCCACACUCGAUCACGGUCCAGUGGCAUCCACCACUACCCCACCCCCUGAGCCAGGGACCCAUGGACUGGUGGCACCUGCCCCUUUGCUCAGCCACUCAGGGUGGGGACCCGUGGACUGGUGGUGUCCGCAUCUCCACCUGGCUACCAGCACUGGGGGCCUGCAGAAUGGCAGCACCCACUUCUCCACUUGGCCGCCAGGGCCUGGGGACUGGAGGCACCCUCUCUCCCGCCCAGCCAACUGUGCAGGGGUCCAAGGACCAGUGGUGAUCACUGCUACGCCCAGCCACCUGACCAGGGGCCCACAAACCAGCAACACUCACUGUUCUACCUAGCCACCUGCAGUGGGGGCUCACAGACCAGUGACGCCUCCUACUCCCUCCAGCCACCUGUGCCGGGGCCCAAGUACCAGCAGCAUACCUUCCUCCACUUUGCACUCGAGCGGAUAGGGUCACUCUCUCCUACUGGGUACCCAUGGACUGAUGGCAGCCCCCCUCCUUUGUCCCCACACUGCCCCCCAGCCCCCACAACUGGAGGCUUCUGUCUGCUGUAACCCCCGCUGUGUAGCCCUGCCUGCCCGGGACCUUGAAAAAAAAAAAUUCCAACAAAAAAUUAUAUAUCCAGGAAAACCGUCUCUCAAAUACAAUGGUGACAUUAGGACAUUCCCAGAUAAACAGAAAUUAAGGGAAUUUGUAAAAAACCAGACCAACAUUGGGAAACCCUGGUGGCAUAGUGGUUAAGUGCUACUACGAGUGCUAACCAAAAGGUUGGCAGUUCAAAUUCACCAGGAGCUCAUUGGAAAUUCUAUGGGGCAGUUCUACUCUGUCCUAUAGGGUUGCUGUGAGUCAGACCUUACAAGAAAUAUUAAAGGGAGUCCUUUGGACAGAGAACCAACAACAUCAGACAACAACCUGAGAUUAGGACACAGGACAGCAUCAGCCAGAUACCAAGCCAAAUAAAAUAUUCUCAAAAGCUAAAAGACUGAAAACAGGGAACCAGAGACAUCAAUCUGUAAAUGGCAACAGCAUCAAAAUAAGGAAAUCAAGGUAAUAUGAAGAAAUAAGACUGCUUUAUACUUAGGAAGAUAAAGGUAGAUUUCAAGGUAACCACAAAGAAAGUUAAUGAACCUACUCAUCAAAAUAAAAAAGAAGAAAAACACAAAGACUCAGUAAACUCAAAAUCAACAAUGAAAGAAAUGAAAAAAGAACUCAUCACAGAAAAUUGAGCAGAACAACAAAACUAUCAACACCACAAAAAAAAAGCACAACAAAAUGACAGCAGUAAACUCAUACCUGUUGAUAAUCACAAUGAAUUUAAAUGGCUUAAAUGUACCAGAAAAGAGACAGAGAGUAGCAGAAUAGAUUAAAAAAACGUGACUGGAAGAGAUCCAUAUUUAUGCCUAUUCCCAAGAAAGGUGAUCCAACUGAAUGUGGAAAUUAUAGAACAAUAUCAUUACUAUCACACACAAGCAAAAUUUUGCUGAAGAUCAUUCAAAAAUGGCUGCAGCAGUAUAUCAACAGGGAACUGCCAGAAAUUCAGGCCAGUUUCAGAAGCGGACAUGGAACCAGGAAUAUCAUUGCUGAUGUCAGAUGGAUCCUGGCUGAAAGUAGAGAAUACCAGAAGGAUGUUUACCUUUGCUUUAUUGACUAUGCAAAGACAUUCAACUGUGUGGAUCAUAACACAUUAUGGAUAAUGUUGCAAAGAAUGGGAAUUCCAGAACACUUUAUUGUGCUCAUGAGGAACCUUUACAUAGAUCAAGAGGCAGUUGUUCAGACAGAACAAGGGGAUACUGAUUGGUUUAAAGUCAGGAAAGGUGUGCGUCAGGGUUGUAUUCUUUCAUCAUACCUAUUUAGUCUGUAUGCUGAGCAAAUAAUAUGAGAAGCUGGACUAGAUGAAGAAGAAUGGGGCAUCAGAAUUGGAAGAAGACUCAUUAACAACCUGCGUUAUGCAGAUGACACAACCUUGCUUGCUGAAAGUGAAGAGGACUUGAAGCACUUGCUAAUGAAGAUCAAAGACCACAGCCUGCAGUAUGGAUUGCACCUCAACAUAAAGAAAACAAAAAUCCUUACAACUGGACCAAUGAGCAACAUCAUGAUAAAUGGAGAAAAGACUGAAGUUGUCAAGGAUUUCUUUUUACUUGGAUCCACAAUCAACAGUCAUGGAAGCAGCAGUCAAGAAAUCAAGAGAUGCAUUGUGUUGGUUAAAUCUGCUGCAAAGGACCUCUUUAAAGUGUUGAAGAGCAAAGAUGUCACCUUGAAGACUAAGGUGCGCCUGACCCAAGCCCUGGUAUUUUCAAUCACAUCAUGCAUGUGAAAGCUGGACAAUGAAUAAGGAAGACCGAAGAAGGGUGGACCCCUUUGAAUUGUGGUGUUGGCAAAGAAUAUUGAAUAUACCAUGGACUGCCAAAAGACCAAAGUUUUUUUUUUUUUGCCAAAAGAACGAACAAGUCUGUUUUGGAAGAAGUACAACGAGAAUGCUCCUUAGAAGCAAGGAUGGCAAGACCGUGUCUUACAUACUUUGGACAUGUUGUCAGGAGGGAUCAGUCACUGGAGAAGGACAUCAUGCUUGGCAGAGUACAGGGUCAGCGGAAAAGAGGAAGACCCUCAACGAGGUGGAUUGACACAGUGGCUACAACAGUGAGCUCAAGCAUAACAAUGAUUGUAGGGACGGCUCAGGACCGGGCAGUGUUUUGUUCUGUUGUGCAUAGGGUUGUUAAGAGUUGGAACCGACUCAACGGCAGCUAACAACAACAACAACAACCCAUCAAUGUGCUGUCUGUAAGAGACACCUUAGUCACAAAGACAUAAACUAAAAUUCAAAGGAUGGGAAAAAAAAAAAUCAAGCAAACAAUAACCAAAAAAGAGCAGGAGUGGCAAUGUUAAGCUCUCACAAAAUAGAGUUUAAGGUAAAAUCCAUCAUAAAUGACAAGGAAGGACAUUAUAUAAUGAUUAAAGGGUCAGUCCACCAAGAGGACACAACCAUAAUAAAUAUAUACAUACCCAAUGACAGGGCUUCAAAAUACAAAAAGUAAACUCUAACACCAUUGAAAAGAGAAACAGUUCCAUGUUAACAGUAGGAGACUUUAACACAUCACUCUCAGUGAAAGACAGAACAGCUAGAAAGAAACUCAACAAAGAUACAGAAGACCUAAGUGCCACAAUCAACCAACUUGACCUCGCAGACAUAUAAAGAUCACACCACUCAAAAACAGUAAAGUAUAUGUUCUUUCUCAAUGCAUAUGGAUCAUUCUCCAGAACAGACCAUGUUAGACCUUAAAUCUUCUCAAUAAAAUCCAAAACAUUGAAAUAAUACAAAGCAUUUUCUCUGAUCACAAUGCUAUAAGAGUAGAAAUUAAUAACAGGAAGAACAAGGGAAAAAAUACAUGGAAACUGAAUAACACCUUGCUUUAAAAACCACUAGGUAAUAGAAGAAGUUAAAGAUGAAAUUAAAAACUCCUAGAAUCCAACAAGAAUGAAAAUACAACAUACCAAAACCUUUGGGACCCAGCAAAAGCAGUGCUAAGAGGUCAACUUAUAGCAAUAAAAGCACACAUUGAAAAAGAAGAGAGGGCCAAAAUCAAAACAUUAACCUUACAACUCAAACAAAUAGAAAGAGAGCAGCAAAAGAAGCCCACAUUCACCAGAAGAAAGGAAAUUAUAAAUAUUAGAGCAGAAAUAAAUGAAACAGAGAACAGAAAAACAAUAGAAAGACUCACCAAGAUCAGAAACUGGUUCUUUGAAAGGGUCAUUAAAAUUGACAAACCAUUGGGCAAAUUGACAAAAGAAAAGUAGAAGAAGCAAAUAACCCAAAUAAGAAAUGACAUGGGUGACAUUACAACAGAACCAACUGAAAUAAAAAGGAUAACAGAAUACUAUGAAAAACUAUACUCCAACAAAUUUGAAAACCUAGAGAAAAUGGACAAAUUUCUAGAAACACACUACCUACCUAAACUAACACAAGCUGAGGUUAGAAAAACUGAACAGACCCCUAGCAAAAGAGGAGAUUGAAGAAGUACUUAGGAAAAAAAAAAAAAAAAGUUCGCAACAACAAAAAAAGCCCUUGCCCAAAUGGCUUCACUGGAGAUUUCUACCAAACAUUCAAAGAAGAUCUCACACAAGACUACCCAAACUAUUUCAGAGCGUAGAAAAAGAAGGAAUAUUUCUGAAUCCAUUCUAUGAAGCCAGCAUAACUGUGAUACCAAAGCCAGGCAAAGACAACACAAAAAAAGAAAAUUACAGACCAAUAUCCCUCAUGAAUAUAGAAACAAAAAUUCUCAACAAAAUUCUAGCCAAUAGAAUUCAACAGCAUAUCAAAAAAAAUUAUACAUCAUGACCAGGUAUGCAAGGAUAGUUCAACAUUAGAAAAUCAAUCACCAUAAUCUACCACAUAAAUAAAACAAAAAAUCACACAAUCAUCUCAAUUGACAAAAAGCAUUUGAUAAAGUUCAACACCCAUUCCUGCUAAAAACUGUCAGCAAAAUAGGAAUAGAAAGGAAGUUCUUCAACAUAAUAAAAGGCAUUUAUACAAAACCAACAGCCAACAUUAUUAUCAAUGGAGAAAGAUUGAAAGUAUUCCCCUUGAGAACGGGAACCAGGCAAGGAUGCCCGUUAUUCAGCAUUGUGCUGGAAGGCCUAUCUAGAGUAAUAAGGCAAGAAACGGAAAUGAAGAGCAUUUAAAUUGGUAAGGAGGAACUAAAACUAUCCCUAUUUGCAGAUGAUAUGAUCUUAAACAUAGAAAAUCCCAAAGAUUGCACAAGAAAGCUACUGAAACUAAUAGAAGAAUUCAGCAAAGUAGCAGGAUACAAGAUCAACAAACAAAAAUCAGGUGAAUUCUUCCAAACCAACAAAAAGAACUUUGAGAAGGAAAUCAGGAAAACAAUAUUAUUUACAAUAGCCCCCAAAAGAUAAAAUACUUAGGAAUAAAUCUAAUCAUGAUGUAAAAGACCUAGAAAACUGCAAAACACUACUGCAAGAAACCAAAAGAGGCCUACAUAAAUGGAAAAACAUACCAUGCUCAUAGAUAGGAAGACUUAACAUUGUGAAAUGUCCAUGCUACCCAAAACAAUCUAUAGAUACAAUGCAAUUCUGAUCCAAAUCCCAAUAGCAUUCUUUAACAAGAUGGAAAAACAAAUCACCAACUUUUAUGGAAAGGAAAGAGGCCCUGGAUAUAUAAAGCAUUGUCGAAGAAGAAGAAAAAAGUAGGAGGCCUCACAUUCCCUGAUCUCAGAACCUACUAUAAAGCCACAGUAGUCAAAACAGCCUGGUACUAGUACCAUGACAGAUGCAGAAACCAAUGGAACAAAAUUGAGAACCCAAACAUAAAUCCAUCCACCUAUGGACAACUGAUCUUUGACAAAAGGCCAAAGUCCAUUAUAUGGGGCACAGACAGUAUGUUUAACAAAUGGUGCUGGCAAAACUGGAUGUCUCCCUGUAGAAAAAUGAAACAGGACUCAUACCUCACACCAUACACAAAAACUAAGUUAAAAUGGAUCAAAGACCUAAAUAUAAAACCUAAAACUAUAAAGAUCAUGGAAGAAAAAAUAAGGACAAUACUAGGGUCCCUAAUAUAUGGCAUAAAUAGAAUAUCAAACAAAACUAAAAAUAAACAGAAAAUGAACUUGAUAAAUGGGACCUUCUAAAAAUUAAACAUUUAAUGCUCAUCAAAAGACUUAUUAAAAAGAGAACCUACAGACGGGGAAAAAAUUUUGAUUAUGACAUACUGACAAGGGUCUAAUCUCUAAUAUUUAUAGAAAACUUCAACGCCUCAACAACAAAAAGACAAACAAUCUGCUUAAACAGACACUUCACCAAAGACGACAUUCAGGCAGCUAACAAACACAUGAAGAAAUGCUCAAGAUCAUUAGCGUUAAAGACAUGCAAAUGAAAGCUGCAAUGAGAUACCAUCUCUCCCUGACAAUUAUGGCACUAAUCAAAAAAAAGAAAAAAAUCCAGAAAAUAACAAAUGUUAGUGAUGUUGUGGGGAGAUUGGAACUCUUAUACACUGUGGAUGGGAACAUAAACUGGUGCAACCAAAAUGGAAAAUGGUAUGGCGCUUCCUUAAAAAGCUGGAAAUAGAAAUACCAUAUCACUUAGCAAACCCACUCCUAGGUAUAUACCCUAAAGAAAUAAGAGCCAUGACACAAAUAGAUGUGUGCAUAUCCAUGUUCAUUGUAGCAUUAUUCACAAUAGCAAAAAAUGGAAAUAACCUAAGUGCCCAUCAACGGAUGAGUGGAUAAACUACUGUGGUACCUACGCACAAUGGAAUACUAUGCAAUGAUAAAGAAUAAUGAUGAAUCUGUGAAACAUCUCACAACAUAGGUGAAUUUGGAGGGUAUUAUGGUGAGUAAAGUAAGUCAAACACAAAAAGAAAAAUAUUGUAUGAGACCACUAUUAUAAAAACCCAAGAAAAGUUUUACACACAGAAAAAAACAAUCUUUGAUGGUUAUGAGAGAGAGGAGGGGAAAUCACUAACUAGAUAGUAAGUAAGUUAACUUUGGUGAAGGGAAAGACAACACACAAUAUAGGGGAAGUCGGCACAACUUGACCAAGGUAAAGCCACAGAAGCUUCCUAGACACAUCCAAACACCCUGAAGGACCGAGCUACUAGGGCUGAGGGCUGGGGACCAUGGUCUCAGGGGAUAUCUAGUUCAAUUGGCAUACCAUAGUUUAUAAAGAAAAUGUUCUACAUUUUACUUUGGUGAGUACCAUUCUGGGGUCUUAAAAGCUUGCAAGCAGCCAUCUAAGAUGCAAUGAUUGGCCUCUUCCCAUCUGGAGCAAAGGAGAGUGAAGAAAACCAAAGACUUAAGGGAACAAUUAGUUCAAAAGACUAAUGGACUACAUGAACCACAGCUUACAAGACCCUGAGACCAGAAGAACUAGAUGGUGCCUGGCUAGUACUACUAAUCACUCUGACCAGGAUCACAACAGAGGGUCCCAGACAGGGCCAGAGAAAAAUGUAUAACAAAAAAUCAAAUUCACAAAAAAAAAACCAGACUACUGGUCUGACAGAGAGUGAGAAACCCCCAAGAAUGUAGCCUUAAGACACCCUUCUGACCUGAAACUGAAGCCAUUCUCAAGGAGCGCCUUUCAGCUACACAAGACAGGCCCAUAAAAUAAACAGUAACAUCUGAGAGGAACAUGUUCCUUAGAACAAUCAAGUAUACCAAAUCGAAAGGACAACAUUUGCCCAAAAGCAAAGAUGAGAAGGCACAAAGGGGUAGAAAUCUGGACCAAAGGAAAUGGGUAACCCAGGGCGGAAAUGGGGAGAGUGCUGACAUAUUGUGGGGAAUGCAACCAAUGUCAUGGAACACUUUAUGUACAAACUAUAGAAUGGGAAACGAAUCUGUUCUGUCAACUUUCACCUAAAGCACAAUUAAAAACUAAAAAAAAAAAUCCAUAGGUUAGGUGGCAGGCUAGAGACUUCUGCGGUCUUGAAGCCCAAGAUCUGUAGGUUAGGCAAGGAAAGAGUGCAGAGUGGAGAGAGACAGCAAGUUCUGCCACAAUAUCUAUUUAUAGUCCAGAGGCAGAACAUACCCUAAGAUCACUUUUCAACUGAUUGAUUGAUUAUAUUAUAUUACAUUAUGAAGGUUAUUACAUUAUAUUGCAUUGUGGCACAGCAACUAGGCUAGUAUUUGGCCAAACCACUGGGAACCAUGUUGUUGCUGGUGCGGUCAAGUCAGUUCCAACUCACAGAGAUCCUAUAGGGCAGAGUAGAACUGCCUCAUAGAGUUUCCAAGGAGAAGCUGGUGGACUUGAACUCCCAACCUCUUUGGUUACCAGCUGAGCUCUUAACCACUAUGCCACCAGGUCUCCAUAAAAAAAAAAAAAAAUAGCCUACCGAAAUUGACAUAUAGAAUUAGGCAUCACACCAGUCUUUCUUCUGACCAGCCUGUGCCAUUGAAUAAAUGGCCUUGUUGUUAACAGGAGGAACUAACUUUGCAUAGAAUGAGUGAAUGAGGCAUCCAUGAAAUGCUGAUGCCAGGUAUCUACAUGCUUUUCCUGAGUCCUCAUUAUUUAUUCCUAACAAUUUUCAGUUUAGAAGGAACAGGGGUAUAUGCUCAAAGAGGAGGGUUCAAGUAGCUGUAAACCAGCGUUCUCAACAGGGUAAAUUGGUUCUUGGGAGAUGAAAAAUAUCAUCUUCAAAGCUCAACUCUACCCAACAAAUCUUAACCCUUAGUGUUUAAUUUCUCUCAUAGGGUAGAAUUUAAGUUAAAUUAAUUUUUGCUCCCUAAGGGGACAAACGAAACCCUGGUGGUGUAGUGGUUAAGUGCUACGGCUGCGCACCAAAGGCUCGGCUAUUCAAAUCCGCUAGGCACUCCUUGGAAACUCUGUGGGGCAUUCUACUCUGUCCUGUAGGGUCACUAUGAGUCAGAAUCAACUCAACGGCACUGGGUUUGGUUUGGUUUUGGUUAAAGGGACAAAAAAAAAAAAAAAAAGUUGAGAACUACUGCUGUAGCCUAAGGAACUAGGUGGAAUAAGGAGUAUGUUUCAGAAGGUGAGAAAUGUUUCCUAAAAUUAGAUGAUGUAGGAUGUCUAGAAGGUGAAUGAAAAAUGAAUUUUAGGAGUUCUUCCGGAUGUUUUCAUUAGAUGCAUCCCUUCAGCUAUUGUUCCAGUCACUUGUCAUCCCAGCUAAUUCACUUUUAUGUUUCUCUGCUCAUAGGUGGAAUACGUUUUCUGUCUGUUUAUAUCAGUUCAUUAGUUUCACUGGAAUAUGCCUUUCCAAAAAGUGAAUUUCCCAUCUCUUCUUCAUGUCUACAUUAUUCAAAGAGGCAUACUUUGUAAGGUUUUCUUUAAGAAAUUAAAGUGUCUAGAAGAACAUUCAUAGUAUUUAAAUGUCUUUGGCUCAACACCUGAAUACUUGCAACAUAGAGUAAUUAAGUAAAUACAAUGAGGCAAACAAGUUUAGGAGCCGUAAAAUUCAGUAGAUCUUGGUGUCAUUUCUUGACUUUGGACAAACUAUAUAACCUCAUGGAGCCUCGGUUUUCUUAUUUUGGGGGAUAACGUUUACUUUAUAACGUUGAGAUGAGAAUUAAACUAAGUAUUAUACGUCAACUGCACAGCAAAGAGCGUACCACAUAGUAAGUGGUCAAUGUGUGGCAGCUAUCAGCAAAAGUGUCUGUAGUAAGACUAUUAGUAAAUAAUAUUAGUAAAGCAAUCCUGUUCUGAUCUAGAACAGGAGUGUGAGAAUUGAUUGGUCCAAAUCAAAGUGAUCAAAAUAUUCCUAAUCAGUCAGUGGUUUUGGGCUCAGGAGAGUAGGUUUGACUGUAUGUGUUCUGAACCAAACUGUGCUUCUUGCCAAACACAAAGACAAGGGGCCUAAAGCCCAUCUAGGAGAGAGACAGCACUGGACGCUGUCUCCCUGAUAUUCUCCCCUCAGGCUAGUGCUGGCCACUACUUCCGGCAAAUCACUUAAUAUCUGUUUAUCAACAUCUACGUUUAACAAGGUGGUGCAGUGGUUAAGAGCUUGGCUGCCAACCAAAAGUUCAGCAGCUCAAAUCCACCAGCCGCUCCGUGGAAACCCUAUGGGGCAACUCUUCUCUGUCCUACAGGGUCGCUGUGAGUCGGAACUAACGGGGCGGCACCUAACAACAUCAUCUAACAAAUUGGGAAAAUAAAAUGUCUUUCCUCAUGAGAUUGGGGAUAUUGAAAUGAAUUCAUUCAUUUAUGCCUAUUCCAUGCAAGCCAGAAUAAGACACAGUCCCUACCCACAAAGGGUUUACAUCCAGGUCUAUUUAAUCCACCAGCCAUAAAGUCUUUCUUUUUUAAACCUUUUGCUUUGUACUUAGCACACAGUAAACACUGAAAGAAAUAGCAAUUAUUUGUUUUUAUUCUCCAAAAUGUAUCUGUUUAAAAUGUGCCUUUAAAAUGUAAAGCUGAUUGAUGACCUUAAAAAAAGCCGAGUUCCCAUUGUUGCCUCGGUAUCUUGAAGUGGGUAGUUUGAAUGAAGAACUAGCUGUGCUCCUGGGUACAAGAUUAUUUAUUGAUUUCAGGUAAGAAAGUGUUCAGAGAAUUACCUGCUUUUCAUAGUGGAUCAGGUAGGUAUGGAUACUAGAUCAGUUUUGAGAAUAACUGUUGUGUUUUAAUUUUUAAAUCUCUUAUCUAAAAAUAACUUUAUUAUUUAGUUAGGAUUUCUUCUUUGAGUUACUAAAGCUGUAGUUGGGGUUUGAGGGGAGGGAAUACGUAAUUCUUUCCGGAUCCUUUUCUUCUGACGCUUUUUUCAGCUGUUAAAUUAUAUGUGUGAUAUUAACAUUAAGGAGAUAGAAGAAAUUAAUCCAUAGCUUUGUUGUAUAUUUAUGGCUUCAUCUGGCUGUGAAGCAAAUGGUUCAUGGAAUGUAGCAGUCACUUUUAUCUUGAUGGCACUAAUUUAAAAUCACCAUAACAACUACUUUAUUUGCUAGAAAAGCACAUAUUCUACACUAAAUUUUGGCCUAGGGAGCUGCUAUUAAUUCAAAUAUGUGAAGAAUCACAGAAUAAUCUUAUAGAAUGUUCAUAGCUCAGCCUGGGUUUUGUCUUUCUGACACUGUACUUGAUUCCUUAAAGAAUUCCCUCUUGCUUAGAGGUAGUUGGUACAAAUUCCACCACUAUUUGACGCGAAAUUGUUGCUGCUCACAACUAUUUAACUUGGAAAUCUUCUGGCUGUCAUCUCAAAACCAUAGUUAAUUAUGUACAUUCCUCUCUUCUGCAACAUCAUUUUCCUUAAAAUCAACUAAAUUCACCUCUCCUCCCUUUCCCUUAUUUUCUUAAAUCAUACAUGAGCUUUUUUCUUUUUAAUGUAGGUAGGACUGGAAUUGUCUAACUAUAAAGUUGAAAGCACAAAGUCAUGAACUCCUGGGCUAAGCCUUUCCCCAAAACCCAGAAAACCCAGUGCCAUCGAGUCGAUUCUAUAGGACAGAGUAGAACUGCCCCAUAGAGUCCGAGGAGCGCCUGGUGGAUUCCAACUGCCGACCCUUUGGUUAGCAGCCGUGGCACUUAACCACUACACCAUGAGGGUUUCCAAGGCUCUCCGAGUAACAGUAAAUCACCCUUUUGGCUCUUUCUGCAUACCCUAAAAAAAAAAUUUAAUAGCUCAACUCUCAUCUUCCAUCCUUUAUAGGAAAUUUAAUUUUUGGGUUCUUGGCCUUCACAUGUUUGUGUUCAAGUAUUCCUUUUACUUUGGAAUUUCUCACUCUUUUUUUUUUUUUCCUCUUUCCACCUUAUCCCCUUUAUUCUAAGGCAGAGAGGGACUGGAGAUGAAGUGUAUUAAGGAGGAAAAACUAAAAAAAGAAAAAAAAUUUAACCCCAAACUCAAAUUCCCUGGAUUAAAGUAGGUUCCUUUAGACCCUGGGAUGAAACUCUCCAUCUAAAUUUUUCCAUCCCUUUGGUUCCUUUCAGGAAGGUUCUAAGGUGCCUAACAAUGAUCUUUGCUGGCUUUCAAUUUUAACAGGUGAAGAAACCUAUUCGCCAUACCAAAAAUCAAGAUCCAUUUGGUUUCCUAAAGUCACUACUCCCUAGUGUAACCUAAAACGUAAAGAAAGAGAAAACCCAGAAAGGUGAUACUAAACCCAAUCCAAAAAGAGUUUCGCUGUCACUUCUGAAAUCUCUCCAGCUUCACCAUAUCUGCUCUUCAUUCAGUUUGCCUUAUAUUUAAGGACUCAUCUCUUUCCUCAGAGCCUAGUUUAAAAACAAAACGAAAGCUCAUUUAUUAAGUAGAAAUAUGAGAUGUUUUCUCCACCCUUUACUGCUCUGCUUAGGGUACAUUUUUUCCACCAGAGUAAUUUAAUAUCUGACUAAUAUCUUAAACAGUUCAUUUUAAAGACAUUAAAAACCUAUCCCAGUAAAGAAAUGACAGUGAAAGUCCCCAAAGCGUUGCUGCUUGGAAAGUCACCUAAGAGUUUAGUGCUGAGGAAGUUGACGUUGAAUAUUUGGCCCUUUGGAAUGUGCUCCUGUCGACAGGCUGCCCCAUGUGUGGAGUUGGCAGAGGGAGUGGGACAGGCAUUGGAUGCUUCUCCAGCCACCCAGAAUGAAGUCCUUCAUUAGGAAUGGUGGGGAGUGGUGACAGGAGGAAGCUGAAACUGUGGCUGAUUUCAUGCUCCUCCGACUUGCCUCUUGUACCCUUAGCAAGAUCCAGAGAUGCUCUGGCAGGGGUGGGAGACAGCUGGAUAGAUUAGGAAGGGCCUUUUGUCCCUGCCAUUCUCUAAGAGACCUGAUUUGGGGUGACAGAUGCAAAGGGACAGGCAGGACUGCAGAUAGGAUCAGAAUGAUCUUAAUAUUCUGAAGCUUAUUCUUGGUUAACAAGCUUUCGGUUUAAUUGUUUGAAAUUUUUUUAGGUAGAACUAGGUGGGUUUUCAUCCUUUGGAUGUUUUGAGGAGAGCUUUCUCCCUACCAAUGAAACACUUAACUUUUUUUUUUUUUUUAAUUGAGCUUUAGGUGAAAGUUUACAGCUCAAGUUAAGGUCUCAUUCAAAAACUCAUACACAGUGUUUUGUGACAUUGGUUGCAAUCCCCACCAUCUGACAGUAUGCUCCCCUUUUCCAUCCUGGGUUCCCUGUGUCCAUUUGUCCAGUUCCUGUCCCUAUCUGCCUUUUUGUCCUGCUUUUGGACAGGAGCUGCUUAUUUGGUCUUGUAUAUUUGAUUGAACUAAGAAGCAUAUUCCUGAAGUGUGUUGUUUUUUGUUUUAUAGGCCUGCCAAAUCUUUGUCUGAAAAGUGGACUUCAAGAAUGGUUUCAGUUCUGGGUUAAGAGAGUCCAGAGGCCAUAAUUUUGGGGGUUCCUUUUUUUUUUUUUUUCCGUCUCUGUCAGACUAAUAAGUCUGGUCUUUUUAUGAAAACACUUAACUUUCAUUUUAAUUGUUGUUGUUAUUGGGUGCUGUCAAGUCGAUUCCGACUCAUAGUGACCGCAUGUGACAAAGUAGAACUACCCAAUAGGGUUUCUUUGGGUGUAAUCUUUACUAAAGCAGAUUGCCAGGUCUUUCUCUCAUGGGGCUACUGGGUAGAUUCAAACCUCCAACCUUCGGUUAGCACCAGAGCCAUUAACCAUUAAUACUGAAUGCUUUUGUCUCAUUUACUUUUCUUUAAAAAAAGAUUUAAUCAAGAAUGUCUACAAGAAAAUCAUAGGAAACAUCAAAAAAUCUCUCAAAAGCUGUUUUUGGGUGUGUGUGUGCUGUUAGAAACAACUACGUGAUUUUUUUUUUACUCAUUCUGAAAAAAAAAAAUUUGUGAGCAAGGAUGAUGUGGAAAACUUCAGCAUUAAAAAUAAUAUUCUAAGUAAUCCAAAAGGGAAAUUAAUUUUUACUUUGAAGGUGUUCACUAGCGCAAACACAAAAAUAAUGAGUAAACUGGCUCUCCUGAGAGAAUGCCAACUGUCGCCUGCUGCUUCCCCCUGGGCUCCAGGUGUAACAAGCCUCUCUUCCUACCCUAACUUCUGACUGUGUCAGGAGACUUUUAAGAAGGCUGUCUCUUCUAGCAAUUAGAAACAAUCCAGUGCCUUAUUAGACACCGACUUCUCCCACUGUUUAGUCACUUGUAAUUGGCUGGUUUCCAUAAUAAGUGAAACUGGCAUUGCACCUAAAAAAAGGUAAUACAAGCAACUUAAUGUACGAAGAAUGUUUAAGUUGAUGGUAGUGCGUUUUACAGCACAUGUGAUGGCGUCUCCAUUCACACCCAGACCCCAGACACAGAGACCAGUCCCCUUGGGGAGGGGUUUGUUGGAAAUUUCAGAUCUCACCCAGGGGCUAUGGAUUAUAUCAAUAAGUUAAUUUUUAAACUUUUUAUCAGAUUUGACAGUACUGUGAGAGAGUUAAAUAAUUUAAAUUUACCUUUUAUAGUGUUCCAUGUUAUUACAUGAAAGUUUGCUAGACAACCCAUUAAAUCUAGGAUGUUACUGAAAAAUUGGCAGUUGACUCCGGGAAUGCCAUUUUACAUACUUGGCUUGUUGAAAACACCUUUUGUGUCAGACUUCAACACUCCCUCCCCAAAUUGACUUAUGUUAGUGUCUUCUACAUUUCAGGGUGAUACAGGGCUCUGCCACUCCCCUCCACAGCUCAGCCCUCACCCACGGGAAUUUGGAAAAAGCUUCACCUGUUAGUGUUUGUCAAGAGUGGUAGCAGAUGUUGCUGUGAACAAUCUUAUCAAUACAGAUUUCUAAUUCACAGUUCCCCCAAAAGAAAAUGACUACGCAUAACUGUAUUCAAACUAGUGUCAUGUUUGACUAAAAUAAUACCUGGUUUUGAGAAGUGGACUCUACAUCUCUUGGGGGGAUGAGGGUGGAGAAUCAAAAGCUGAACAGAAAGGAAAGUCAAAAGAGGAAAAACAUGUAAGGACAUCAUCUCACCUUGAAUGUUAAGAUGGAAAAAAGGAUCAAGAAGUUACUGAAAUGCUGCUGAAAAAUUUCCUGAGGGGAAAAAAAUACUGAAAACUAAAAGGAAUGUAUCUAAAAAGAACUUUAACAAACGUACCUCUCCAUAGUCCACCAAAUAAAGAAGAUUAUGCAAUGAAGUUUAGGAUAUUAGGCCAAUUAUUUUAACUUUAAAAAUACAUUACCAAACAAAGCUAAUAAAAUAGAAAUUAUCUGAUAGGAUUUAAGAAAUUCGAAGGUUGCUUCUAGCAGCUGUCCACAGCUUUGUUGAGAUGCUAGUAUUUAUUUCAGGGGCUGUAUUGCUAAUUACUUCUCUCAGGCUCUCUAAGUUGUUAAUUUUGUGCUAUAUGUUAAUCACUGUGCAUUUUGACAGAUUUCCUAGAGGACUGUUGAUGAAUACUGCCCACAAGGGAUCUCACUUUUUCUCUUACAUUAGCAUAUUCAUUUAGUUUAUCAUUUUAACCUAUGAGUUAACUCAAUGAAGAGAUUAUGUAAAAGGCUACUAGAGACAUUGUAUAUACCUAAUCCAGGUCAUUAUCAUCUUUACCAGAAAACAUUUGCUUUGUGCAUAAACCAAAAAAAAAAAAAAAACCAA